AUACAAUACAUAUUCAAUAGUUUUGUUUAAAUUAAUAAACUGAACAACAAUAAUGAUAAUAAUGGUCUUAUUCAUUGUCAACUGGCAUAUAUUGAACAUUUGAAUACGUUUAUCAUAUAUAAAUAUAAUUUAAAAGUACAGACUUAUAUUAGUAAUUAACUUUCAUAGUUUCAUUAGUGAAGCUCACAAAAUGAAUGUUUAACAUGUGGAUAAAUACACGUAAAUUCAGUCCCACAGUUACAAAGUAACGACUAAGUAUAUCAGAUCCCUGAUAAUUCAACCAUAUAUACAUUUAUAAUCUGGAGUUAUCAAGUUGAUAUCUGACAUACUUGUAAAUCGAAAGAAUCUUCGAAAUGACGACAUUUCUUGUCAGUGUUCUUCCAUGAAGUUAACUUCACUAUAAAAUCUAAAGUGUGCUCUUCUUCAUUGAGGAGGAUUUAGCCUAACGGAUACAAAACCUAACAUCUAUCUUUCAUCCAGUGAAAAUAUUGAAGAUAAACGUGGAUCUACGACGCAAACAAGAUGGAUUCACACUCAUAGUCCUAAUUUUUCUGAACACAUAUCCAUAAAGUCGGCCAAGUGUGGCACUCGCGGACUAUGAUAUUUCGGAUAGAAGGUAAACCUUUUUAUUGUUGAGUUUUAACUCAAUUAGUUAGACAUAUGCGAUCAUAGUUAUUUUACUAAUACUCGUUUAUUUAAUACCAUUCAGUUUAAAGUUGAAUAUUCAACUAUCAUCAUUUUAUUGUAUGAAUUCAGAGAAAAAGAAGGUUCUAAAAGCCUUCGAAACAACAUAUGUUCAAUGAAACGCAUUAAAUUUGUUUAAGAAGGGAUACUUUUACUCAUCAGUUUAUUGAUUAUUGGGGAUAAAUAGUUAUAGUGAAAGUAGAAAAAGACUUAUUUUAUGGCAUCAAUCAAGACAUUAAAAAUAGAUAUAUGUAAAGGCUUGUAUUGUAUUGAACUUUCUACAUUCCUCAUAUAGUAAAUCGUAGAAUGUAUGUGGUAUCAAUGUGAUAUUGAAUCCAAUUUCCAGGAAAAGUAACGUCACCACGAUGAAGUAAUUCAGUGUUAGUCGUUUAAGAGAACGGUGGUUUAGAUGCAUGUAGUUUCGAAGAGUUUUUUUACUAAGGUUUCGGAUAUUCACGUUUCUCAAUAAAGCUAUUCCAAAAGUUUUCGUAUUUAGUAUUGAUAGUUUCAUAAAGUGACGCAGAAACGGAUUGAAUUUCUUAAAUACCACAGGAUACUUGAUAAGUUUAAAAAAAGUUUUUUCCGAAAACAUGAUAUAUUAGAGCUAUGUAAUCGUAUUCUUAAGUAUUUUUUUCGCUCAAACUUCAUUAUUAUUUUUUUGCUGCAGUUCAAGUCCGAAUCAAUUCGUCUCUCAUGAUAUGGGCAAACGGAACAAAUUUAUUUAUUAUAAUCAUUAACGAACCAUUCUUUUUGACAUACAACCAGUCAGUAAAUAAAGAUAGAAUAUAAUGAUAAAGGAGUGAAUAAUGUCUGUAAGCAUCAGUGUGAGAGUUGUGUUGGAUCGACUUUCAUUUGAAACUGACAUAUCAGUCUAUAGGAACUGAAGCUUGUAAAUCCCACGGGCGGGAUCGUGGAUGCACACUGCUGGGGGGUCCUAUGCUAGGACGAAACGGCCUUCCAGCUCUUCCAGUUUUUAAAUGGUGGUCAAGCUUUAUUUGACUCACGAACUUAGCUAUUAAAAUCACCAUAAUUUCCACAAAACUCCUGAUAAAAAUCAAUAGAAACAUACAAUAAUCACUAAUUUAAAGUUAGUUUUUUAAAGGUACUCAAAUAUUUAUUUAAAAACAGAUAUUUAGCUACAUAUUGUAGACUGCUAUACCGAGAACGUAUAUUCAUGAUCAAGGAUGUGGUUUGAAUGUCAACUGUCGAAGAUCCCUAGUCAGCUAAUGUAUCAUUCUGUUUUACAUCAUUCUUACAUUUGUGAUAACACUAAACUAAAACGUAAUCUAGUCAUUUCUUAAAUUUUCAUAACUACAUAUUGUGAAUAGCUUGAACAUCUGAACUAAUCGAAAAGUUAAUAAAUGUCAAACGCCCUAGAGCUGUAUUAUACUAUUUAAUGAAUUGAACUAAUUUAGUGUUUCAAAGAACAUUACAAGAAAAUAACGAUGAUCUUAUCAAUUUCCUUUGUCAUUAUUGAUUUUCUACAUCACCCUAUCCACAAGAUAUUUUGUUCAUAGUCUAUAAUAACAUUCUAACGUGAAAAAAGUGAUUACAUAAUUGAUAGGGUGGAUUGAUUAUCUUAGAGAUCAACAUCGGGUAGUGAGAACACUUCAGAGACUAUUUAUGUCCUUUUGAGUAGUGUAGACGAUUUACUGACGCAUGGUUAUCCAACGAAAAUAACAAUUGAAUUGACAGUUACUCAGGAAUCAGUGAAGUUAUCUUAUUUGAUUCAUAGGACAAAAUGGUCAGUUUUAACAUCACUGACUAAGAUACGAAGGGAUUGAGGUCAUAGUACCAGGCAGUUCACGAUUUUCUUUAGGAUUAUUGACAUGUUCGUUAUCGAAUAAUGACUUGCACAAAAUCAAUGUCCAGGUAGUCGUAUCAGUUAAUUGUAAUCAAAUGAAAUUAUCACUAAACCAACAAAUACUAACGUUUUAUAUCGUAACUUUUUAAUACUAAUACCAUUUGUCAUCAGAUUUGUUUUUGUUCAAUUUUAAUUAUUAACAAAAUCUUUUCCAGAUCUUCUGCAAUGUCUUCACUUCUAUUACUAUUUGCUCUAUUCGAGGGCAUGUGUGGUUUUGUUUUACCGAUAUGCUCUGCCUUUCGUGUGUCCAGUAUAUCACAAAAACGAUAUUACUAUGAAAAUUUUUUAAUAUUUCAAUAUUGUUUAUCCAUUCUGGCAUUGGCUUAUCUACAAUCAUUAAUAUUCUAUUAUGAUCGUAAAGAGAAUUUACGUCAUAAACAAGAAAUUGUAUUUAUGAAUCAAAUAAAUGAAGCUAGACGAAGAUGGCCAAAUCAUCAUAGUUCACCAGAAGAAACUGAAAAUAAUCUUAUAAAUAACCAUCAUACUACUACUAAUACUACUACUACUAAUAAUAAUAAUAAUAACAUAAAUAAUUAUGGAGAAAAUCAAUGGAAUUUACAAUUACAAAAAAAUGAAGAUAAAUUACGUUUGGUUACAUUUAUUCAUGAUACACAUGAAUUAUCUACCGAUAGUCAUAGUGAUUCGACACCGAUUCAUAUGGAUUCUACAAAUAUGAAAUAUUUGGAAGAUCGAACACGUUUCAUUGAUCAAUAUGAUGAUAAUAUUAGUUCAAAUGAAGACGAAGAGAAUCCAUUCGAAGAAAACCAUAAAUUAUCAAACAAUAAGUCGAAUCAAAAUGAACAAAAGUCUCCAACUCUAAAUGUUAAAUUUGCUAACUCUGUCACACCCCUGACUAAACAGAAUGACAAUGUCAAUCACAAUCGGAAUAUUCACAAUAAUAAUAAUGAUAUUAAAAGCAAUAAUAAUAAUAAAGGAAAAGAAGGGGAAGAAAAUACAAUUAUUAUUAUUGAUCCUAUUAAUGUUAAUAAUCAUGAAAUUAAAACAAAUAAUAAUAAUCGAUGGAAUAAAAUGAAUCUACAACUUAGCAGAAUAAACAUUUCCAAUGAUAAUAAUAGUCCUAGUAAUAAUGAAUGCGAUCAUACCAUUGGUGGUGAAAAUAAUCAUAGUAAUACUACUACUACUACUACUACUAAUAAUAAUAAUAAUAAUAGUAACAAUACUGAUAUUAAUGAUUUACAAAUUAUGAGAGCAGAUGAUGUUUAUUUUACUUUAAACAAAGUUAAACUAUGCAACAGUUUUAAUCAUCAUGCCUCUGGCAUAAAGGAUAGUAGUGAUGUUAGUCAAAGUAGAUAUAACUCGACAAGGAGGCCUAACAAAAAUAAUUGUUUGGCUGUAAAAGCAAAAAAUGUGAACACAUUUAAAUCGAAGAAAAAGCGAAUGACAUCAUGUUGCGGUGAACGGUCAAGCAGUCCGGCACAACCUGGGUCAUUUUAUCCAUUAGCAAUUCUUUUCGGUGAUAAACCAAGAGUAUCUAGACGUGAAUGUUAUUUUUCACGAGACACAGAAGGCGUUAAUUUGUAUUUGCGUUUAGGAGCUGUGGGUUUUGGUUUCGGAGUAAUGAUAUUCGAUGGCUUUAAAAUAGCAGAACCAUGGGAGGAAGGAGCUAAUUCAGUGGUUUCAUGUCAUGGGCAUUUAUGGAUUCCGUUACAUUUACUUCAUUUUGUCUACGUGUUUUGGCAAACAUACUUCUUAUUUAAACAUCAUCGGGUUGUAUUCAAUGUACAAAAAUUUGUUUUACGUUUUCUUUUAUGUCAUUUGGCUGUGGCUAAUUUAUGUCAAUGGUUAAAAACAAUUGUCGAUGAAAUUGGUAGUGAACCAGGACAUGAUGAAGAGUUAAUAUCGGAUUCGACUAUAGUUUUUCCAUCGGAAUAUUUUUUAGACGCAAAAAUAUCACAUAAUAAUACAACUUUGUAUGGAUAUACAAAUGGAGAAAAGUUAUCAACUUUUAAUUUGACUAAUUUAGCAAAUAUGGUUUUAUUAAAUAGAAAAAAACAUCAUGCUAAUGUAAAAUCUCACCAUACAAGUUAUGAUAACUCAACUAUUCAUGCAGCUGAACAAGCAGUGUUAGGUUGUGGAGUAACGGUCAAAUAUUUGGCUCCAUAUUUGUUUCCAUGUGCAAUUGAAUAUAGCUUAAUAGCUGGUGCAAUAUUUUAUAAAAUGUUUGAAAAAGUUGGACAUGUACGUAAAGAAUCGGAACGCUUAGAAAAAUUGCGUAAAGCUAAUCCCAAAACAAGUCAAUUCUCUGAAUGUCAUCGUUCACAUAAAGGUUUAUUUGUUGGCCUAUUAAUAUUUAUGGCAACAUUAGUUGCAAUGAGUCUAUUUUUUAUAUUUAUUGUGAAACGUGAUCGACGGAAUACAGCUAUAACAUUAUAUCAAGGAACUGAACUAGUUCUAUUAUCUGUUAGUACAGUGACAUGUUUAAUUAGUUUGUUUCGUUUACAAGCAUUGAAAUUAAGUGAUCUGUCCGAAGAAGUAGCGUUUGAUGAUAAUUUAUUAUUGAUUGGUUUGGUUGGGAUGUUAUUCUAUGAUUUAUUCCUAUUAGUGCCCGCUUUAGAAGCUAUACCGAAUGGUGUAAUUGCAGCCAAAUUAUAUGCGGCUAAAGCUAUCAUGGAAAUGAUUCAGUCUAUGCUACAAGUGUUUUUCAUUUUGGAAGCAUCUCGAAGAUGCGCUGGAACAUUAGAACAUGUACAAAAAAAACCAGGACGUACAAUGAUUACAUUUUUAUUAGUAUUAAAUUUAGCUAUGUGGUUUGUGAAUACAUUCGAAGUGAAACACGCAGAUAAUCAUAGUAUACAUAUAAAUUAUUAUUCAUCUAUGGCAUGGAAAAUUAUUACACAUAUAGCAUUACCUUUAAUUGUAUUUUUUCGUUUUCAUUCCACAGUUUGUUUAUCUGAUAUUUGGGCAAAUGCUUAUCGUUUUAGAACAGAGUAAAUGAAAUUGUGUUAUAUCUAUUUUUCAUUUUCUUCUUCUUUUCAUUAGUUAUUUGAAUUUUCUUCUAUUAAUCAGUUAUUCAUUUUCAAUGUGAUACAAUAUCAGAUAGAGAACUUACUUUUAUUGAUAGAAAUGAAUCAGAAUAUUACUGAAUAUAUAAUGAGCUUAUAUCCAUAGGAAAUGUGCUGAAAUGUAGUCUUAUGUAAAAACUAUUCUUUAUGUUAAACAGAUGUAAUGAUAUUUAGUAAAAUUAUGUUCUUUCUUUGUAAUAUCAUGUUUCAAAUUAUUUCCUUUAUUGUUCUAUAUAUUCUAUGUGCCAAUGAAAGCCACAUUCACGUUGAUGUUGUGUAUAUGAAAUCUUUUAAUAUAUAUAUAUAUAUAUAUAUAU